AUGACGGGCGCCGCGCGCAAGAAGCGAAACCUCCAGGCCCACGUCUCCAGGAUUACCAAGGGCCUCCCUAGUACGCCGCAGACGUCAGACCCCGAGGGAGGACGUACGCCGGCCACCAACGACAACCCUGCCACCGGGUCGCGUAACCAAGCAGCCUCGGCGUCGCAAGCCCCCAACGGCGACAAAGACGACAAGGGUGGUGUAAACACCACCUCGCGCGAGGGUCAGUUGGUGGCCUUCGAUUACCACAACUUCGUCCUCCAGGACGUCAACACGGAGGAGGCCGCCGCCAUUGCCUCCAUCAAAGAGGCCGAUCUUUCCGCUGCCCUCAUUGCCCACGCCGAGGACCCCGAGAGCAACGCCGCUGCCCCCGUCGACCGCAACGCUCUAGACAAGAAGGCCAAGGGCAAGAACGUCGUCACCCACGUCGACGAGGAAUCCAACGCCUAG